AAUACAUUUAUAUAAUAAUGUUUAUUCCCCGAUCAUUUGAAAUUUUUAAGAAGUGUUCGAUACCUUUUUUUUCAUUUCUUAAAAAAAAAUCGUCGUGCAUUUGCUGCUGAAUCAGAAAUUGGAAAUAUGAACUUCCUGUUUAAUAAGACUAACGAAUUUGCUUCUUAGCAUUUUUAGAAGAACGUUUUAAAGGCCCCCUGAGUUCUUAGUAGCCCUUCGUCAGUGGAUGCCAAAACAAUGGACGUUGGUCUACGAGUGGUCCGCGGCCCAGACUGGAAGUGGGGGAACCAGGACAAUGGGGAGGGCCAUGUGGGAACCAUAGUGGAAAUCGGGAAACCGGGGAGCACCACAUCACCAGAUAAGACGGUAGUCGUCCAGUGGGAUUCGGGAUCCCGAACAAAUUACCGAGUCGGCUACCAGGGGGCGUAUGAUCUGAGGAUAUUUGAUAAUGCCCCUAUUGGCAUCAAGCACCAGAACAUCAUUUGUGAUGGCUGCAAAGGCUCGGGUAUUCAGGGCAUGCGAUGGAAGUGCACCAAAUGCCACGACUUUGACCUGUGUACACUCUGCUACAUGGCCGACAAACAUGACCCUGCCCACUCCUUCCAGCGCUUUGACACGGCAUCCUCAAAAGGGGUAAAGGUGUCCAAGAGACGAGACAGUGUCAAGGUAGAGUCCAAGGGCAACUUCGCCCAGGCUCGCGUAGUUCGGGGCCCAGACUGGGACUGGGGCAACCAGGAUGGUGGUGAAGGUAAGAUUGGCAAGGUGACGGACAUACGUGGGUGGGACAGCGAGUCCGGUCGUAGUGUUGCUGCAGUCCAAUGGUCGUCAGGGGCCACCAACGUGUACCGCGUAGGCCACAAGGGCAAGGUGGACCUCAAGUUCAUACAGGCCGCCGGCGGGGGCUUCUACUACAAGGAUCAUUUACCUAUCCUAGGUAAGGACUAUAUAGGGGAGGUCACUGAGCAGCUGAACCCCCCUGGUAUCAGCCACCAGUUCAAGGUCGGUGACAAGGUGAGGGUGGACCUGGAGGUGGAGAUACUGCGCAUGAUGCAGGAGGGGCAUGGGGGAUGGAACCCUCGCAUGGGGGAUUAUGUAGGUAAGAUUGGUACAGUCCAUCGCAUCACAGAGCGCGGGGAUGUCAGGGUACAGUACGAGGGAUGUGCCAACAGGUGGACCUUCCACCCCGGAGCCUUGACCAAGGUGCAGACCCUGUCUGUAGGGGACACAGUGAAGGUCAUUGACAACAUGGCCCGUGUAAAGGAGCUGCAGAAGGGACACGGGGAGUGGAACGACUCCAUGAAAGCGACACUGGGAAAGAACGGGCGAGUGUUGAAGGUGUACGCUGACGGUGACCUGCGGGUGGCGGUGAAGAAUCAGACCUGGACGUUCAACCCUCAGUGUGUGACCCAGAUACCUCUCAAUGAGCUGACCGCCCUCAACAACACCAUGGGGCACAACGAGCGCGAGGACAUGCAGAACUCGCUGGCCAACCUGCUGGAUCAGCUGGCAGACCUCCACAUGACCGAGAUGGGACCAGACAGGCUGUGCAGGGAGGCUGCCCAGGGGCACCUGGACGUGGUCAAGGAGAUCAUCAGCAAGUACCCAGACAAGGUUGACAUCAAGAGCGGUAACAAGACGGCGCUACAGGUGGCGUGUCACCAGGGUCACAAGGAGAUCGUUCAGUUGUUGCUGUCUGCGGGUGCCAACCUUGAAAUGAAGGACGAUGAUGGCGAUACGGCUCUGCAUUACUCUGCCUUCGGGAACCAAGCCGAUGUGAUGGAGUUGCUACUGCAACACAAGGCAGAGAUCAACGCCCUCAACAAUGGAGAGUGUUCCACCCUGCAUGUGGCCGUCAACAAACAACAUAUUGACUGUGUGAGAGUACUUCUGAGGCAUAGAGCAGACAUCAAUAUACAGGACGCGUAUGGUGACACUGCCCUACAUGAUGCAAUAGGCAAGGAGAAUAUGGACAUCUUGGAUCUGCUGGUGAACUAUCAGAGUAUUGACUUCACACUAAAGAACAAGCGAGGAUUCAAUGUGCUGCACCAUGCCGCCUUGAAGGGGAAUAACUAUGGUACAGACCGUAUCCUGCAGAAGUGCCGUCAGAUUGUGGACAUGAAGAAGGAUGAUGGUUUUGCCCCGCUGCACCUGGCAGCUCUCAACGGGCACAAAGAUGUCACCAGCACACUCCUUACUGUGGGUCAGGCCAGUAUAGAAAUACGUAACAACCGCAAACAGACCCCCCUUCUACUCGCUGUGAGCCAGGGUCACACAGGGAUCAUGGAGCUGCUGGUGUCGCGCGGCGCGGACGUUAACGCAGAGGACGAGGACGGAGACACCUGCCUGCACCUGUGUCUCAUGAAGCCGAGCACCGCCACUGGCGGGGAGCCUGAGGAGACACCCAUUCUGGAACAUAUACGCACUCAGCUGCAUGGCCCAGUGGCAGAAUCAACGAGUGCUGUGAUAGCGUGCUACCUCACGCAGAAGGGAGCUGUUCUGAAGAAAAACAACCACGCGGGCAAGUCUCCACUUGACCUCAUUACUGACCCUGGUGUGGAGGAGGCGAUAAAGCAGUUUUCACCAGCCAAUCGCAGGAAUGAGUUCCCUCCCCUGGAGCAGAUGUGUGAGAUCUGCCUGGAGCAGCCUGCCUGCGUAACAUUCCGUCCGUGCAACCAUACUCUAGUAUGCCAAGAGUGCUGCAUCAAGAUCAAGAAGUGUAUUGACUGUAAAUCCACCGUCACUGCCAAGGUGGAUAGAGAUGGCCGUGAGGUCUUUGGCUCUGAGGUGGCGCCGGCAGCGGUAGGCAAGUCUUCGGACUCCACGCUCGAGAGACGCCUUAAUGAGAUGGAGGAGAACAUACUGUGCUCAAUCUGCAUGGAGCGCAAACGCAACAUGGCGUUCAUGUGUGGGCAUACUGUGUGCAGCAAGUGCGGGGAAGAACUGCGCGUCUGUCACAUGUGCCGCAAACCCAUCACGAAAAAGAUCACGCUGUACUCAUAGAGUGGAAUUUUAAAAGAUCAUGUUGUACUUGUAGAGUGCUUUUAUUUCCCCGAUUGUCCCAUGUGCUGGAAAAAAAAGUCAAGAAAGUCUCAGAGUUGGUGUAAUUCAUGUUAAAGCGAAAGCUUUGACAAACUUUCUGUGUCUGUCGUGCUGUUAAGAGAUCAAGAACAUCACGUUGUGUUUUCAGAGUUAAUAGCGAAUUUUAUAUGUGCAGAAAAUGUCAAGAAAGUUUUUCAAUGCUAAUAGAGCUUGUGUAAUUCACUGUUAAUUACUUUUUGUGGCGUUUUGAAUGAGCAGAAAAAGGAAUAGCAAAAAGAACUGGGAUUAUCUUUGAUUAAGUAUUGGUUACCUUAAACAUUAAUCACAAUGCUGGUGAUGGUUUCGUUGAUGUAAAAUAGUUUUGUUUACCCAGAUAUGUGUGAUGCAUUUGUUUGAAGAAAAAGCACUGACACAAGUGUGCUUUAGAUAAACUGUCCUCUCAUCUCAUCUUCACCUGUGUUCCUAUCCGCCAACCAGCUUCCUCCAGGCGUCUCGGUUCUGGGUGAGUCUUUCCCAUGUUUGUCCCAUCUGCUUAGCAUUUGCGCACAGGUGAUGGCGCCAGGUGUUUCUAGGCCGUCCUCUCUUCCUUUUACCGUGGGGGUUCCAUGUGGGAGAUUGCCUUGUCGUGCAUUUGUUUGAUGGGAAAGCAAUUGCAACAGUUUUAAUUGGGAAACAACCAAAGACAAUGUGGCUGAACUUAUCUCUACUUGUAUGCAAGUACUGAGGUUUUGCAAAGACAAACGAGCAGUCAGUGUAAUGAUAAACAAUCAAGAAUAAACUGUGACUGUACAUGAUUUAUGAUAAACUGGUGUUCCUUUCUGUUUGAUGAACAAGCUUUAUGUGCCGGUUUUGUGUGUAUAAAAUGUGAUAAGUUGCUUGAAUGCAUUUAUGAUGAGGAGAGAUGAAUGAAAAGCUUUUGUCUGUCAUUUGUCAAUAGCAUUUUGUUUAAAUGAAAUUGCUGAUCCUUAAUGUUAACUGUAAAUAGCACUUGCAUUUAUAUAGCCUUUUUUUUCAAAGUAAUGCUUAUUAUGCUCCCCGAAACUUUUCGGGGGGCAUUGAAUUUCGGGGGCGUAUAGUUGCCAGUUUGAAGUUCCUUACUUCCUUCCUUCCUUCCUUCCUUCCCUCACACUUUUGUUACAGUUUCUCAUAGCGCCUUCUAUAUUUUACCGAUCUCUUACAUAUUUGGCAUGUAGAUACCUUGCAUGGACCUCUACCUUUUGAUGAGGUUUGAGGUCACUGGGGUCAAGGUCACCCAGGCUAAUAAGAGAUUUUUCCGUCACAAUUUUGUAACAGUUUCUCAUAGCGCCUUCAAUAUUUUUCAGAUCUCUUACAUAUUUGGCAUGUAGGUACCUUUCAUGGACCUCUACCUUUUGAUGAGGUUUGAGGUCACUGGGGUCAACGUCACAGAGGCUAAUAAUAUAUUUUUCCGUCACAAUUUUGUUACAGUUUCUCAUAGCGCCUUCAAUAUUUCACUGAUCUCUUACAUAUUUGGCAUGUCGGUACCUUUCAUGCCAUGAUGGACCUCUACCUUUUGAUGAGAAAUAUUAAGAUAUUGUAAAUUGAAUUAAAAUGCACAAAAGCAUGUCUUUGUGGGCGACAGAUUAUUAAGUUUAACUUACAGUGACUACAUAGUAAGUAUAUUAAACCAGAUUUUGUUGUGCUUAGGAAUUUAGUUUUAACAGAUUUUUACACCCAUUACGAAAACCAGCAACUAUGUAGUUGUUAUAUUGUUCUCUAAAUGUGGAACUAUGCUAAUUUAAAUGUUACAUAUACUGAACCAAAACAGAACUUGAGCUUACAUUAAAUAAUUUUCAAUGAUGUAUAAAAAAAAAUUAAGGAUUUUCUUUGUAUCUUUUAUAUAAGUCUUAUGAAUCUGCUAGAUAGACUGGUUCAUUUUGCAGUGUAAUAGCUGCUAUGCAAUCUGCUGGAUAGACUGGUUCAUUUUGCAGUGUAAUAGCUGCUAUGCAAUCUGCUGGAUAGACUGGUUCAUUUUGCAGUGUAAUAGCUUCUAUAGUAAGUUAAAGUGUAAAUAUUCCUUACAAAAACUUGGCAAUGAGGCAUGUAAUCUCAUGAAAAAAUCUUGCUCAUUUGGUGUGUGCAUACAGUUGUUUAAUGUUCAGUUAAUACAGUCCCGUAUGGAACCUUUGCCUAUGAUUAAUGACUGUGAUUUUCUUUACUAUUUUGUGCUAAGAUCAAUAAUAGACAUUGGGUUUUAUUAUAUGGUAAAAAAAGCUAUGUUUAUUUAAUAUAUUUUUGUUUCGUAAGACAAUUUCGAUUUUAUAUGUUUUGGUAUGCUUCUAAUUUAACCCUUUCCCACUCAGAAGCUAAGUGAAAAUUGCCAUAUGUAACCAGCAUAAAACCUGAACAGCCUGCAAGUAACUAACAGGCUGUUCAGGUUUUAUGCUGUUUGUUGCUCAUUAGUAUUUAGGGUUGGAAAUUUAGUCUUCAAUUGAAUUUGAUUUUCUAAGGGACUACAAAUGCAUCAAUUUUUAAAGGGUUAAAACUAUGUUUUAAAGCUGUAUUGUGUGGAAUGACUUAAUUCUUUUUCGACUAUAUGAGUCUGUUUUCUGGAUAAAAAAAUUAAAGGGAGAUUUCUGAGGGUUAAAGAAAUUCUCUUCUUCAAAAAAAUUAUGGUUAUGCAGAAAGUGUCUUACCUGAUUAGCCUGUGUGGACUGCACAGGCUUGUCUAGGAACACACUUUAAGCACAUGCAUUUAACCCCUUUUCACAGAGCGAUGCUCAUAUUGAUGUUGCAAUAACUCAAAAGUACCCAAAGUUGGUUGAUGUGUGGAUAGAAGGCUAUAUUGGGAAUAAGCAAGUUAUUUCAAUUUGUAUUUUUGUGUGACAAAAAUGGUGGUUGCACUGAUAACAUAUGCUAUGGUUACAGAAAUCAUUGACACAUACAAAUCUUGAUCCUGGGUUAACUCUAUAAGUUGUGUUAGGUGGAUGUGAAAUGGAUAGAGGGCCAUUAGGGCAUCAUCCAUGUUGCAUCUGUUUGAUAGGUCUGUCAGUCUAAACAAAACUUCAUCCUGCAAUUAUUAAAAAAAUUAUUGAGCUAAGUGGAUGAAACUCAGCGUCUGUAUAGAUGACCAUAUGCUAAAUAUGCACAUUAUUUGUAUUUUAUUUUUGUCCAACAAUAAUUGUGGUUCAAUUGUUACAUAAACAGUUGAUACUAAAAUCUUACUGCCAUGAGUAAAAAGUAAAGAAGACAGGUAAAUGAAACAUAUUAAGAUCCUGUUCUGACUCCAUGAUUAAUGUGGUGGGGGACAGCUGUUUUGUCUGUGACAGAGGUUGGUUAUAAAAGUUUUCCACAGGCAUGUGAACUUUUACUGAAUUCUCUACUGUAUAUAAACAAGUAAGUUUGAGAGAAACCAUGUCUUGUCUGACAUUGUCCUGAAAAACUGUGAUAUUUACUUGAAGUAAAAAUGUGCUAUAUGUAUUUCUGUAAGAGUGAGCAGUGCAUGUUUGAAUCAUCAUAUACAGUAGAACAAAAGACACUACAUUAUUGUCUUAUUAUUUACAUUCUGUUUCACAAUAAAAAAUAUGUACGGCCUUUAAAGAUCCCGGUUAACAUUAGAUAAUAAACAAUCUUUAUCCAAAUUGAAAAGUGAUUUUGCAAGGGGGAAAGAAUUGCAAGGGGAUGGGGGAGAUUUUUGUCCUAUUACAAAUUGCAGAUCCCUAAAAAUGACAUGUUAAUUUUCUCAUGACUUUGAACAGUAAAUUGUAUCUACAAUCGGUUAAUAUUGAAUACCCAUAGCGUAACAGAAACAUUGUUAAAAAGCUACAAAAUUUCAAUAAUUUGUUUGCAUGCUCACAUGCAACAUUUGUGUUUGUUGUUGACAAAAUGUUUAAUAUAUUUUAUAAAUUUGUAUGAUGUUGUAGUCUAAAUAAAACACCCAUAGUACAAUAAUUUUUCAAAGCAUGCAAAAUUCUUAUAGAAAAAUUACAUGUAGGUGAACUUAUUAAUCACGGUAAUUGGUUCAUUUCUUAAUAGAUAUUGUAAGAAGUUAGUUACUCACUUAUGUACCCUUUGGUGGUUUCUUUUACUUUAAAAAAAACUGAAAUCACUAAAAAUGAAUAAAUAUCAAAAUAUAUAACCUUAAAUAACUUUGAAUCUCAAUUUAUUCACCACCAUGUAUGUAUCAUAGGAGACUGCAACAUUUGUCUCGUGAAGUUGCAGUUUAACUAAUAUAGUUAUAGGACUCUUUGGUGAACAGUAUAUGUUUUAUAUUAUUUAUUUAUUUGUGUUUGUGUGUGGAUGGCUGUAGGUGUGUGUCUAAUAAAUAUAUGUCUUAACUAUUUUUUGGAAUUGUAUCUUUAUGCAGAACUUAUAUGAAUCUUGUAAUUAUCUAAAAAGACAAUUAAUUAUAAAAAUGUAUAUUUAAAGGCAGUAAACAUUUGUCUGUUUACUUAAAAAGUCCUUUUUUUACCAAAAAGUUAUCAAUGAUUUUGAUUAAAUAUUCUUGUUUAAAUGCAACAUCUGUGUUAUUUUAGGUAACCUGUUUUAUUUGUUGUACAUAUGAUAUUGUAUGCAAUUCCUGUGUGUAAAUAUUUAUGCAAUUAUGCUAAGAACAAAUUAUUUAACAACUUAAGGCUUUGUUUCCAUGCCCGUAGCAUGUGAUGUUUGGAAAUAUAUUCAAAUUUCAUUUGAAUGUAAAAUAUAUUGUUGCUAUGAAUAAAUGCAUUAGGAUUUU